AAGAUGCUCUGAUUUGCGCGAAAAGAUGAAGUUGGAUUUUACAAUUUGCAAGUUAUAUAUGAAAUAAACGAUACAAUGGGAGUAUGCCGUUUUUUUCAACAGGGCUCUUGCCGUUUCGGUGCAAAAUGCCAUAAUGAACAUUUUGAUGUUAAGCAAUAUCUGAAGACAGACGUUGAAGCUUGCAUCAAUGGCAAAAUGUGGCCCUUAUCCGUGUAUGGGCCGUUUAAAGAUAAACCCAAUAUACCCAACUUCAUAGAAGAUCAAUCCUUCGAAGAGGUUCGAUUUCAAGCAUAUGAAAGUCAGCGGCAAAACUGUUUCGAUCAAUUCCAUCAGCAGUUCACCAAGGCAGUGCAGGAAGCGACAAUGAAAAUGAAGCUUAUGCUGCAAUUCCCCCCACAAGUACUCGAUGUAAUGAUCAAGUUAUAUGAAACACCAGAGGGAAUCCAACCAGCUGCUAAUAACAAUAAUCCUUUCGCUGCGCAAUCCAGCUCAAUUUUUAGCAAACCCGCCUUGGGCUCCGGCAGUUCGAAUAUUUUUGGUAGUGGUUUGACUGCGACUCCAAGCUUCGGGUCAGCGGGAAGCUCAAUCUUUGGCGGUUCUAGUAAUGGCGGCAACAACCUCUUCGCAUCUGCACAAAAUACAAAUGUUUUUGCGCAACAGCCGCAAACGCAAACAUUUGCAGGACAACAGCAGCAACAGCCCAGUCUCUUUGGACAACAACAGCUUGGACAGGCUCAGACAUCCAUAUUUGGACAAUCACAACAGCAACAGCCACAGCCGAAUCCCUUCGGGCAGGCUCAAGCACCAGUUUCUAACAACAACAAUGUCUUUGGACAGGCACAGCCAACAAAUGCAACACCAUUUGGCCAACCUGUUGCCUUUGCUCCACAACAACAACAACAACAGCAGCAACAGCAACAGCAGCAACCUUUUAUGGGCGGAAUGUUCACCAAGCCUCAGCCCGCCGCAGCCAACACAGGCAACAUAUUUGCACAAGCAGCCGCUCAAUCCUCAAGUGGAUUUUUUACUCAACCAGCGGGCGGAUUCCAGCAGCAGCAACAAAUGCAAUCAGACUCAACUCAACAAAUGCAACAACAGCAACAGCAGCUGCAACAGCCGGCUACUACUUCCUCAAUAUACAGUCGCAUGGAAGAUCUUACAGCUGAGGAGAUAGAGGCCUUCAAAGCGGAACAAUUCGCUCCCGGAAAGGUGCCCUUUAAGCCACCGCCUCGUGAACUUUGUUAGAAACUAUUGUUAUUGAAUAUCAUAAAUAGAUACUGCUGGAGUAC